CUAGCUAGCCCGUGUCAGACUCUCUGCGAGCUACUAGCGGGAGACCACGAGUAAACGCAUACUAAUAGCAGCCUAGCCCAUCAAUUAGCGGUACCGCGCAUCCCCAGUUCGCCGAGGGUUUGCACUUUAGUGCUUUUCAUUUAUUAUAGCUUUUCCGGCCCUGCAGCAUAGCUAGCCUCCACUAGUUCCUCCGGCGCAUGCGUGACCAGGGGCGGAUAUUUUGUAGGAGGGGUGGCACCCAAACGGAAGACGUUCCGCGCCGUUUAGCUAUCCACCAUUGCAAGCCAUGGACGAUGGAAGAUUGGACGAAAUUCUCAGCAAUGUGAGCAAGGAGGACGAAGAUGAUUUUGAGCUAGAUGAGGAGCAUUUGCCGUUUCUGUUCAGAGCCCUCCACUCCUUGGCUCCCAGAUGGCAUGGAUUCUGCUUGCAGUUGGACGUGAAGGACCUACACAAAAUUGAGCGGAAUGGAACAUCUGUUGAUGAUUAUCUUGUGCUUGGUCUUCAGGGAUGGCUAAGAGGAGACAAGGUGUCUUGGAAGCAGCUAAUCUCAGCCAUAUUCCAGCCAGCUGGUGGCAAUAACAAGCGCAUGGCUCUAGACGUUGCUGGAUCCUUCAAAGAGAUGUGUACUUUCAAACCUAUUGAGCAAGCUUGCAAUGCUAGCACUGCACAUAUUUGUAGUUCUAGAUCUAGUAUUGAUAGUGCAGUCAAAGAUAUCCAGGGUCUUCUGGGGAACAAAGUUGCAGCCCGCUGGUACCAGAUGGGUGUCACUCUAGGAGCCCCAGUCAGUGAUCUCCAGAGUAUCAGAGUGAUGAAACACCCCCCAAGUCAUAGUGAGGCUUUGAUGCUGAGGGCGUGGCUGGAGAACUGUAGAAGCACCACCUGGCAGUGGCUGGUUGACUCAGUGGGGCAUGCCGCUGGUGGAGACCACCAGCGACUGGCCGGAAAACUAGCCAAAAAGAAACCAUCAGACAUGACCUCUUGUGGGGUGACUGAUCAAAGUUCAAAAACAGGUGUGGCAGCUGCUGUGCAUGACACUGUCUCUGGUCCCUACCACUACUACAAAAAGGACCGGGAAACUAGACAUAAACAAAGAUGUUCUUGAAGCUAAAACCCUGUUGAUAAAUCUGGAAAAAGAUGAACUUAAGGAUCUAUUUAUGAAACUGGGACUUUCUGAUGCUACACUACAUAACAAGUACUCAGCCAGUGUUAGUGUCUACGCCAGUGACUUGUUGCGAGCAUGGAUACUAGGAAAGGAUGGCGUGCUGAAGUCAGGAGGAACUACAUGGGAGAAUUUGAGAGAUGCUCUUAUUUCAUUGAAUCAUCAUGGAGUAGCAGAGAAUGUAUGACUGCAUUGUUGCACGUAAUUGACUCUGGAAUGCGGAAAAACGAGUAGCAGAGAACGUAUGACUGCAUUGUUGCACGUAAUUGACUCUGGAAUGCGGAAUAACGCUUGAU